AGAUAUUUGGCCCUGUGCAAGCAUUUGGAGGCCAAAAUUGCGCGAGGAAGCCUAGAUAACAGUCCUCGUGAGCUCGAAGCCGUUUUGAUUGCGCUUCACUGGCAGCCACGAGAGGAGCCUAUUGAGCGACUAGCUGAAAAGGCCGCUGCUACGCUUGCUAAGAGCCUACGUGCGGAGCGCAUCAGCAGGUCUCGCCCUGCUGAUCGCAGUAGCACAUCUACUAGUCGUGGAGCGGAUGGAAGAGACGUGCUUAGCCUUAAGCGAGGACGAGAAGCACCACUGGAAAUUUGUCACUCAGGAGUUAUGCAGUCUUUUGGAUUCAGCGUUUGCGAUUCCUUAUCCAAAACUAGAAAAAGUGCUACCGCCGGUGACGUUCAGCUAGUCAAAGAAAUCGAGGUACAACGACUUGCUUGUGCGUUGAAUAGUGCAGCCGUCUUUGGGUUUUUAAGCAAAUCUCUGGCUGACGAAAGCGACAGGCGCUUUUAUUGGUUGGGUGAAAUUAGGCGGACGACGACGAACGAAACGCAACUAGACGAGCACAUGACGCAAAAGAGUGAAGAACGUGGUAGUGAAGGUAAGCGACUUGUAUUCGACCGAGUAGUAGAAUCAGAAACAGAACAUCAAGAAUCGGGAAUACCAAAAAAUAGCAGUUCAUCUCAUUACACGACUGCUGUGCAAGGACACGGCUGCAAGAGUUCGAGCUCGCGCUACGUCGCGCAGUGGCUUGCAGCCGUGACUGGCUCUGGUCACGCUUUUCCAAGACGCUGGGCGCAUCGCCUCGGGAAAGCUCAAGACCUGUUUCCUUGGAGCUAUGAUGCG